GUUUCUAUUUCGAUUUCAAUUUGUAUUUUGUAAUUCGUACGAUUUGUACAAAACAGCCGAAUAAAUAGAAUAAAGAUUAUUAAUAAUUAAAAUCUACUGUAGUUCCGGAGUUAAUAAUAAUGGAAGUUGAAACAGAUGCAGCGCCAAAAGAAAUUCCAAAUAGUACCCCCGCACCAGAAAAUGUAACUGAAGAGAAGUCUCCAAUGCCUCAGCCUCAGGAGGCACCAAAGAAAAAGAAUGACAAGUCAAAAAGAGACGACAAGAAUUUGGACCAGUUUAUGAAAUCAUUGAACUCAAUACCUAAUCCUGAUGAGAAACUUUCCCAUGUAUGCAAGAAGUAUGUCCAAGCGACAGACGAUAAUAAGAAGUUGCAGUUCUAUAUAAAACAAUCGGACAAACGGUAUGCUCUGUUGUUGAAGGAGAAGGAGCAAUUGCAGCAUGAGUACAAUAAAACAGUGCUUGUUAAGUCCAAGCUGGAGAACCUGUGUCGGGAAUUGCAGAAACAGAAUAAGUCUAUUAAGGAUGAAUCUCUGGCCAAGAUUCGUGAGGAGGAGGAACGGCGGAAGGAAACUCAGGCAAAGUUCCAAAACACGCUUACUGAGAUCACGGCCCUGCUGCAACAGAACAACGAGAAGAAUGCCAAGCUCCGAGAGGACAAUAUCACCAUCACUGAGAAGUUCAAGAGUGUGGUGCAGCAGUACCAGUUGAGGGAGCAACAGGUGGACAAAAUGGCGAAGCAGAUGAAUCUUGAAUCUCAAUUAUCAGACGCAAAGAUGCAGAAAGCGGCGCUAGAACAUCAAGCUGAUAGAGAGAGGUUGAAUGCUGAGAUGGAGCAGAUGAAAGUGACGUUAGCUCAGUACCGAGCGAAGAUCAUGGAGCAACAAACCAUGGAGACAUCCCUACGCAACCAACUGGCACUGUACACGGCCAAAUAUGAUGAGUUCCAGUCCGUGCUGUCCAAGAGUAACCAAGUGUUUGGUAAAUCCAAGGAACAGAUAGAUCAGAUGUCAAAGAAGAUCCUUAAACUGGAGAAAGAGUCGUUAUCAUGGAAGAAGCGAUGGGAGAGCUCACAGACCGCUCUGCUCGAGAUGUGUACGGAGAGACAGACGACUGGCCGGAGGCUGCUUAGUCUGCAAGGGCUGUGCAGAACAUUGCAGGCGGAGCGCUCGACGCUGUUGAGUACUCUUCGCGAGCACAACAUCGAGAGGCCGCCGCUACCGCCGCCGCAGCCUGUCGAGGAGAAGCCUGAAUCGAUGGCGGCGACGUGCGAGACCUUACACCAGAGCAUAACGCACUUACAGAACGAAAUUGACGCGUUCAAAAACCAGGCACAGAAAGAGGAGGAACCCAAGCAGAAACCCAAGAAGGCCAAGUCCAAAAAGAACAAGCCGGAGAGAGCACAGAAGGAGAGAAGCGUAGAACCCAAACCGAGCCAUCUAGAGAUCGCUCUAGGCGCAGCAGACCCAGAAAUCCCUGAGCUAGAAAAGAGUGAACCAGAGGAAAAAGUCGAUACGGAGACCCUCCAGAACAUUAUCCAAGCUAUCAGUAAGGCUAAUAUAAGUAUAGACUUAGAUGCGGGUAAGGAGAAUGCUAAACCGAAUGGUAAUGUUGUUAUAACGGAAAUAAAUGAUACUGAAGAGGACGUAGAAGCAACGAAGAAUACCACAGAAGUAUCAUCUGAAUCUCAGUCUACUGGUAAAGUAGAAGCUAAAGGCACAGAAAUUAAGUCUACAGAAGAAAUUAAUUCAGAAGCAAAGGAUAAUACAGCUGUAGAAAAUGAAACAGCAGUUGAAAAAGAAAUAGCAUCAGAAUCAUAAGCAUUUGUAAAUAGUUCUAAUAAAAAUGUGACAAUCAGUGAAACAAGACUUGUUUUCUAUUGUUUGAAUGUGACAAUAAACAGUAUUUUGUACGUA